AGUCGAUAUCUGUCAAAGAGAGCGACUGGAAGGAAGCGCUAUGGCUACUGGAUGAGACCGAGGAAUUAAUUUCACAAAUAUGAGUUUAAUUGACUAUGUUGUAAUUUCUAAUUAUAAUCAUAGAUCUCUCAUUACUUUGCGACACACAUUUUUCAUCUUCUGACUUGAAGCAUCUCAUAAACAGAUAAUUAUGUUUGAUCAAAGAAUCAUAGCGAUCUGCUUCCUUGUGUGUUUUGCAAUAGUGUUCAACUUUUCUCUUCAUCGUAUUGAAGAGGGUCAUGUGGGGGUGUACUUCAGGGGUGGUGCACUGUUACCUCAAGUGAGUAAUCCAGGUUUUCAUAUGAUGAUACCAUUGCUGACCACAUAUCGUUCUGUGCAAGUAACUCUGCAGACGGAUGAGGUGAAGAAUGUGCCAUGUGGAACCAGCGGUGGUGUAAUGAUCUAUUUUGAUCGUAUAGAAGUUGUUAAUAUAUUAGAUGCAAAUAGCGUUUACAAUAUGGUGAGAAAUUUCACAGCAGAUUACGAUCGCACACUAAUUUUUAAUAAAGUGCAUCAUGAAUUAAAUCAAUUUUGCUCUGUACAUACACUGCAUGAAGUUUACAUUGAUUUGUUCGAUCAAAUUGAUGAAAACUUGAAAACUGCGCUUCAAAGGGACUUGAAUGAAUUAGCGCCUGGUCUCAAUAUACAGGCUGUAAGAGUAACAAAACCAAAAAUUCCUGAAACAAUUAGGAAAAAUUAUGAAUUAAUGGAAGGAGAAAAGACAAAGCUUUUAAUAUCUACGCAACAUCAAAAAGUAGUUGAGAAAGAUGCUGAGACUGAUCGCAAGAAGGCUGUCAUCGAAGCUGAGAAGGAAGCACAGGUUGCAAAGAUUCAGUAUAAUCAGAAAAUCAUGGAGAAAGAGUCUUUGCAACAGAUGGCUGCGAUAGAAGACGAGAUGCAUUUGGCGAGGCAAAAGAGCCGUUCCGAUGCCGAAUUUUAUCAAAUGAAAAUGCAAGCUGAGGCGAAUACACUACUUUUAUCUAAAGAAUUUUUAGAGCUCAAAAAGUACGAGGCAUUAGCGCGCAACGCGAAGAUAUAUUAUGGACAAGACAUUCCAAAAAUGUUCUCGUACGGCGGCUGCUUGAAUGAUGCCAGUUUUGACCCCAGUACAAAUAUUGAGAAAAAAUUAUAAGAACUGGAUAAUGACUCGUACUCGACUUUCUUGGUUAUUAAUAUAUGGAAUAAAACGAAUUGAUUUAUUUUUUCAAAUGGAUACUCUUAUUCUGAUACAUAUUUUGACAAAUUGCAGUUUUAAAAAUUCUGUAGUCGAUCACACUUUUUAAUUUAUAAUGUAUAAAUACAGUAUACGUAAUUCUAGGAAUCCGGAGUGUUACUUUUUUCUUUAAAUUGUGUGAAAUUAAAAUGUAUAUAAAUUCAUUAAAUAUGUACUGAGGUUCAUCUUA